CACCACGUCUACUAUGCCUGGUCCCUAUAUUCCUAUGUCCAUGGUUGUGCUAGACAUUCUAGUAUAUCUAUCUGUAUCUAAAUCUAUCAUUGAUCAGGAUCAGUGGAAUGCACCCAAAUGCACCCAUUGGCUUUGUGUCCCUCUAGUAACUAGUACAUACUGGUCUAAACAAUCCCAUAUAAAAUUAAAAUAAUCGAUCCUGUUUCAUGCCAUGGUCCACUAUGGUUCAGAUCAACAGUUUUAGAACAUUUUGGAAUAACUGAUGAGUGAAUGGCAGUGAAUGGUUAUGUCAUGUUGGAACAUUUUUAAAUAAUUAGUGGAGUACUAGUAUUUUAAAAUACACCAAACCUCAUACACAUUCUAUUCCAAAAUCAACAUUAAAAAUGUUUUAUUAAAUUCUGUUUGCAUGUAUCUGGACUGAAUGCCGAAACUAAAUUUUUAGGUUAUAAUAACAUCUCUAAGAUCUUAUAAAUAGUGAAUUUCUUAAAAUUCAAUAAACCAUAUCCUAUGUCUCUCAACAUACUUCCAAAGAUGCCUCACUCUAAACAUGAGACUCCACAAAUUACGAACGACAUCGCUUCAGACUUCACCUCUCUGAAAGUAUCCGCUUUAAAGAAAGCUUUUCGCAUCUCCGGGAACAUAGACAGCAUCAAAAUUGGUCCCGAUUUAACACCAACUGAAAAUGAGAUCCAGCAAUCAGAGAACACAGAAAAUGAACAGAAUUCUUGCAACAUCAAAGAUCCAUCAAAGUCCAUUCAUUCGCAGAACAACAAAAUUUCUCUGCAGAGUGGCAUUGCAUUCUCUGUUAACAAGAUCUUUUUGGAGAGUGAGAACCAAAGGAAGGAGGAAGUUUGGAAAGAGAUCGAGCGUCACUGGCAGAACAUGAGGGAAAACGGCAAAGCUAUAAAGGAACAUAUGGCAAUCUCGCGCUUUUAUUUGGCUAAGGAGCGUGAACGAAGAAGCAAAGAGAACUAUGCAUAUAUAUUAGCGGAGGAAAGAAUUGCAGAGCAAGAAGAAAUACGGAGGAAACAUGAAAGACACAAAGAGUUGGAGGAAUACAAGAAACAAAUGAAAGAGAAAGAAGAAUUGGCUAAAAGUGUAUUAGCUCUUCGAGAGACGUUCCGAGUAAAGUAUUGCGAACUUAUUACUCUGUCUGCAUCUUCCUACAGCAUGAAAUUGCAAGACUUGCUUAAUCAAGUGGAGGCUAUACAUGAGAAAGUUCAGACAGGAGAAGCAACAGCUAUCGAUCUAAAUUCUAUGAAAAAAAUGGUUGAGCUAAUCGAUGAAAUGUUGUGUGCAUUUAAAUUAGAAGCAGAGAGGAUAAACGCUCAGUACGAGGCAGAUUUAGCCAGCAUGGAGAGUGCGAAGCAAUGUCACUUUCAACCCAUUUGCGAUGUGGUCGUUUUCGAACAGACGAGUACCGAUGACACUCAAAGCAACGAAGACAAAUAUGGAGACAGCGAACCACCAGAAAAUGUACAUGUAACAGAAAAUGUAACUGUUCUAAACAUACCACAAGUAACCCCAGUGGUGGUUAAUAAAGAAGAAAUUGUCUCACUGGAAGAACAUGAGAGUAUGCACGAGAACAAUUUGUACAAAUACGUUGACAAGGAAUCUCUACAACGGUACAUGGAUAGUCAACAGUUCCUAGAUUAUUAUGCGAACAGCUACAAUGACUUUGUGCAGGCUGAGAGUACAAGAAAGUUUCGAUUUGAAUGCCAAAAAGCAAUAAAUAUACCAGUGAAUGCAAUCUCUGGUAUCAACGAACAACAUCUAAGAGACAAAUACGAAAGAUUGCAUAAUCUCCUCACAGGAAGGGCUAUGCCAAAUGUGAAUGAAUAUCCACAAGGGAUAGCUUUCUGCAAAAAUAUCUUAGCGAAGAAAAUAGUUAGCCAAGGCGAAACACUUGUUUCCAGCAAACCAAAAAUGGCAUUUCCAAUUGCUGCGGUAGUCGUUGCUCUCUGGAACGAUCACUCUGACUUUGGUGAUCUACUUUUGUCGCACUUUCACAGCGCUUGUCCAUUUACUGUUCCUGUGUUUCUUCCAAAGAUGGUAGACCAAUCGGAUGAGAGUUAUUAUACGUCGUUAGGAUACAAGUAUAAUGAGGAUGGAACCCUUGAGAAGUAUGAUAAGUUUUUAAAAAGAAUGUCCGGUUUGAUGAGGCUGUAUACUUCCAUUAUCAUCACUUCUCAAAGAAAAGGUAUUAAUAAAAGCAAUCCACAUGGGCUUCAGUACGCGUGGCGAUGGCUGGCUGUUGUUUUAAAUACUGAACCCAGGACAGAGGUAGCAGACAUCUGCGCCACUCUUUUGUUGGACAUGCUCGAAGUCGCUGGAAACUUAUUGUGGGCUGCCUAUCCAAACCAAUUUCCAAAAUUGUUGAUGUUGUUGUCUGAAAAAUAUUAUCCCUGCAUGCAAAGCGUAGGAUGCGUUAGCGGUGGCCCUUUAGUACGUCUACAAGAAUUUUUGAAGAACAGUUUAACGAACGGCUCCGUGCCACCACCCGACGGUCGACUUCCUCCAAAUUUUUGGUGAUUCGAUUUGCUUUGUUUACCUUUUUUCAUCCAUUGUACAAUUUAUAAAGUGACUUUUGAUAAUGGUUUACGUUACACGGGAGCUAUUUUCGAAUCAAUCUAUAGUAGACUUUAAGGAUAUUUAGAGAUCAAUUGUUUCUGGCUUAUUUGUACAUAUAAAAAAUUUUGAACAUUGUAUAUAUUAUACUUUUUACGCGCAAAAAUGAAAAACUAGGUAUAAAAAAAGAAGCAAAUGAUGAUAUUGCGUGUGCCUAUGUAUAAUUUAAAAUAAAUAAUGUAGCCCGAGUAAUGUAGUAACCUUGGAAUUUGACAAUGUCGUUGACACUUGAUGUGUUUUUAUGUUACAUCAUUAGACAGUUAUUUAAAAAUAAGUAUAUUCGCAUACAAGGAGAAUGUAAUAAAAGUAACAAAUAUUGAAAACAA